AUGGCAUCCAAACUCUAUUCCCUGUUAGCACUCACUUGUCUCCUCCUUCCUCUCUUCUCCUUUGCAGUUUUGGCAUACCCUAAUCGCCAAACCACGUCAUCACCGUUCGAGUUUCUUUCCAAACUAAAAGGAUUCGAGAAGGGUAACACGGCCGAAGAAAUCUCUCAACUCAGAAAAUACCUCAAUCGAUUUGGUUAUCUGAGCAAUAAUAACAUCCAAACCCAAGAUGUUAAUGCCUUUGAUGACAACAUAUCUUCCGCCAUCAAAGCUUAUCAAACCUUUUUCAACCUUAAACCCACCGGAACCCUAGACGCAGAAACCGUCUCCAAGAUGAUGGCUCCACGUUGUGGCGUGCCAGAUAUCAGAAUGCAUGGAAAUAACAAAACCAACCUUGACUAUGCUUUCUUCCCAUAUAAACCCAGAUGGGCUCCGGAGCAAUUCUCUCUCACAUACGCAUUUCCACCCGACGUAACUUUUUUCCGGGCAUAUGUGAUGGCUCCGGUUGCAUCUGCCUUCGAGACAUGGAGGAGCGUCUUCCCUAAUUUUACCUUUACUUUGAUAAAGGAUUUUGAGGAGGCGGAUCUUAAGAUAAGCUUUCAAAAACGGGACCAUGGCGAUGGGGAUCCCUUUGACGGGGCCGGGGGAGUAUUAGCUCACUCUUUUGAGCCAACAGAUGGUAGGUGUCAUUUGGAUGUCGAAGAGAAUUGGGUGGUGGGUGCAGUGGCUGAUGGGUUUGAUAUAGGGAGUAUUGCAUUGCAUGAGAUAGGGCACCUCUUAGGUCUUGCUCAUACCUCAGUUCAAAAUGUUGUUAUGUAUCCCUUCUUUAGUCCCGGAAUGACCAAGCUGGACUUGUCAGAAGAUGAUCGGCAAGGGAUUAAGGCUUUGUAUAGCUCUUGA